CCCUGAACUUUAACGUAAGCCUCACGCGUUGAGACUCCACAUCGGCUUUUCACGACAGGGCAAACAUUCUUACAAUCUUCGUGAGGAAAGGGGCCUCUACUCAGUCGACGUGUUGUAUCCCGUGUUAGCUUCUUGUCGGGAGCUCAUUGUCAUCUUGUUAGCUUUCAAGAUCCGUCGGCUCCAGAAAAGGAGACAAUGGCAACCAGGAAGAUGUGCAUCCGGAAGGAGGAAACGGCCGAGUGGACUCAGUUGUUCCUGUCGGACUUGAAAACCCAGCAGGAGUCCCUAGUCUUCAUCAAGAGGAUGAUGGCCGUGGCAGUCUCCUCCAUCACCUACCUCAGGGGCAUCUUUCCAGAGGAUGCCUACAAAUCCAGAUAUCUGGAAGAUUUGUGCAUCAAAGUUUUGCGCCAGGACUGCAACACCCCCGGUGCCAGCAAAGUUGUUAAAUGGAUGAUGGGCUGCUUCGAUGCGUUGGAGAAGCAGUAUCUCCAGAUUGUAUUCAUUGGGGUGUACACCAAUCCAGAUAAACCAAAUUGCAUACUUGAGUCAUACCAGUUCAAAUUCAGAUACACUGAGAAGGGACCAGAGAUGGACAUACUCGGAUACAACGAUGUGAAGGUGCAGGUCACAUUGGAGGACACCAAGAGAGCCUCGGUGCUGCUCAUCAGAAAGCUCUUCCUGCUUAUGCAGAACCUGGAUGUCCUCCCCAACAACGUGUACCUCACCAUGAAGCUCUACUAUUAUGACGACGUCACCCCAGCUGACUAUCAACCGCCUGGCUUCAAGGAGGGCGAAUGCGACAGCCUCUGGUUUGAGGGCAUGGCCGUGCACUUCAAGGUGGGUGAGGUGCAGACGGCAUUUCACACCUUGAGAGUGCGUGUGUCGGCGGAGCAAAGCCGGAUGGAGAAGCUUCAAGAAGGGACCCACACGAGGGAGACCAAGCAGGUUUCUCAGAGCAAUCCUCCAGAGAGGGAAACAAUCAAGGAUCCUCGUGAGAAAACAUGCUACGAAGAGGAUUUCCCUUCCGAAGAUGAGUCUGCACAGUUCAAGAAACCGAAGAAACCCAUGGCAAAGAAAAAUGCAGUUGCCAAAAAUCUGUCCAGGAAGAAAAGAAGAAUUUAGCCACGACAUGGCACAAAACAAAAGCUCUGACAG